CUUGCCCUGCCAUCAACUAUUAGUCACCGUCUUCCCACGAGCCAUUGAUAGUCCCCUAUCUAUAAGACACCUUCUUCCUAGCACACCAUCAUCAUCAUCAUUCCUCGCCGGCCCUAUGCCCGCUCAUCGAGUCUUUAUCGAAACCCGAGCGGUUGAUAGGAGCCCACGAAGUCCAAGAAGCCCGCGCUAUCGGCCCAGAACCCGAAGCGAAGAGCGCAUCUACGUCUACCGGGACGAGCUACUGGCAGACAACAGCAACAACAACACCAACACCAUGACCGACCACGACCGAGUCCUCCGGGAGGCCUACGACGAAGCCUACCGGCAGAACCAGAACCUGCGCAACGAGCUCCGGGCAAAGGACCUCGAGCUCCAGCAGAAGGACGCCCGCAUAGAGGAGCUCAAAUUCGACAACACGAACCUCCGGCGCUCGCUCGACAGCUUGUCCAACCUUGACGGACUCCAGGAGGGCGAGAUCCAUAACCUGAAGCGCAAGAACUCCAAGCUCCGGAAGGACAGGGACGAUCUCAACGCUAGAGCCCGCGAUCUCCGUCAUGAGAUAGACGCCAAGAUUAGGCCCAUGGUGGACCAGAUCAAUGCGCUCAAGCAGGAGGUUGCGAACUGGAGGUUGCAGUUUGAGUCGGAGAAGCGGAAAAAUAACGAUCUUGAGCGUCGUUACGGGAGGUUGCGUGAGAACCUCGAUAUCCACACGCAGCAGAGUGAAGCCUUCAGGACCCAGAAUGAGAAUCUGAGGGCGGAAAAUGAGCAGCUUGCUCAGGUGCUCGAGUUGGAGCGAAGGUUGAGGGUUUCUCGCUUUUAAGAGGCGUUUUGGCCGGCGGUUGACGGUUUUUUUUUUUUUUUUUUUUGGUUUUUUUUUUUUCCCUUCGUCUCUCUUCACACUCUAUUCAUUUCACGGUGGAAUUGUACGAUACGAUUCUUCCCGAGUACGCUUGCGGUUUGGUUUCUUUUCACUUGUUCAACAUCUCUGCGACGACGAUACCCCUUUUUUUUAUCCAAGUAUUUCAUCAGUCUUUUUCGCAGUUUGAACUUGGCGUGCAACAGAGACCUCAAAUGGAAGGAUUUCGUCUAGGAUAUUAACGAUUACUUUACUUCCUUAUCUUACACCGUUUCACCCACACAAUAGACUACAUAGACAUCAAUUCCCUAGCCUCUUGCAACUUAUCAAAUUCUUCUGAAAUUCCAAGAUCAAUCCCAG